CAUCUGCUACUGUAAAUAAGGCCCAAACAUCCCGGAACAAAGACAGACUGAGAUGACAAAGUCUUUUAUGAAAUCAUUAAAAAAUGCCAACUGCAGAGACUGAUAGAGCCUAGAAGCUUCAGGUAACCUGCACCUUCUGAGCUAGCGUGAUGGACACCACUUCUGAUGAAUACAAAGACAGUACCAACUUGAUUGGGAAAUAUGAAGGCGAGAGGAAUGAAGCCAAUGAGAGGCAUGGAGUAGGAGAGGCCACGCUGCCCAAUGGAGACAUGUACAAAGGAGAGUAUGCCUAUGGGAAAAGACAUGGGAAGGGAACCUAUCAGUUCAAGAACGGCGCAAGAUACGUAGGAGACUAUGUUGAGAACAAGAAACACGGGCAGGGCAUCUUCUACUACCCAGAUGGAUCCAAGUAUGAAGGCUCUUGGCUUGAGGACCUAAAACACGGUGUGGGCGUCUACCAAUACGCUAACGGAGACACUUACGAGGGAGACUGGAUGCGGGACAUGAGACACGGCAAGGGGACCUACCUCUUCCGUGAAAGCGGCUCCAAGUACAAAGGCAUGUGGGCCAAUAAUAACAUCGAGAUGACAGGAGAGUACAUCCACUCCAACUUCAGGUUCAAGGGGAGCUUUGUCAACAACAAGCCCAAAGGUCCCGGGAAGUUUGUGUUUGACGCUGGCUAUGAGCAGCACGGAGAGUACCGGCAAGACGAGCAGGACGAGGACGACGAGGACGAGGUCCCGGUGAUAAGGUGGAUUCCAAAGAGCAUCAGUGGUCCAACAGAAAGUCCUGAAAAAGAGACUCCUGAAAUUCCAGCGACAGAAUUACAGAAGACUGAAGUAGCAUAGGUGGAAACAGCACAGCCGUUGGCCUCAGCCGUCGCACUGCUCGGCUCCUUUGUAUCAAAGACCACUCUUUUCUCUCAGCUUCUAGUGACUGACAUCAUUUGAGCAGCACACAACUGCCCAGCAUGGACAAAGCUUUUGAAACUCCUUUGAAGUUGCAACAGCAUUGCUGUGAACGUUUCAGGCAGGAAUAAAAAAAAUUGAAAUGUGUCCAAAGUUGAGCUCAGUAAGCAACUUAGAAGUCAUCUCGGAUCAGAACUAGAAUCUCACCUCUAUCAUUGGCACGUAGAGGGUUCAGUGGUUCCCUGACAGCACC